UCGACAUGUAUGUAUACAGCUAACUGCAGUUUUCUUCUAGACCAGCUGGUACGCUUAUCUGCAUUUCGAAGAUUUUUAAAACAAAGGAGAUUAGAUAAGGAACAAUGGUUUACAGACAGGUAGUUGCAACCUAGAAAAAACAAAUCAAAUCUGACAGCGCGAUCCUGCGUGCUCAUCCUGGCGCGCACGUUAAGCCGUCCAAUAACGGCUUUAACUAAUUCCUCCCAGCCCAGAUCCUCCAGCUAGCUAAUCCACCCCCUUCUUAAUCCAUCACCGAAUUUUUCCCAAUCUCCUCUUCUCCCGGUCGCAUUCGCUGCCUCCCACCACUCCGCUCCCCACCGCCUCUAGAAUAAUAAGUAGCGGCGGUUUCCUUCUCCCAUCUUCUGCUGUUCCAUCCGAGUUUUGGUCAAUGCGCGUCUUGUUUCUUGCUCAAGCCGCGUAGUUCCGGAUCCAUGCCGCUAGAGUGCCAACUUGAGAGUUUUCUGGUCCAAUUCGGCCAAAUUUCUAGGUUUAUCUACUAGAGGGGUCUCCGCGGCAGUGAUGCUCUAGGAGCUUUUGGCCAAUCGAUUUCCGGGGCCGUUUCCUUGCUCGCAUUUCUUGCGCUGUUAUAGAUCCAUCUCCGUGUAAUUUCUAGGAAUUGGAGAAUUGGGGUUGUGGGAGUUUUGGAGGCUCGAUCCAUGGCGGUGCACGCCGAGGCGGAUGGCUCAGGUGUGCCCCUGGCCGUUCUGCUGAAGCGUGAGCUGUGCAACCAGAAGGUGGAGAAGCCGGACAUCCUGUUUGGGGAGGCCAACAAGAGCAAGAAAGGGGAGGACUUCACCCUUCUCGUGGCCAAGUGCCACCGCGCUCCAGCAGAGGGCCCUUGCGACAAUGCAGGCAGCGACGACACCAUCUCGGUAUUCGCGAUUUUCGAUGGCCACAAUGGAUCUGCCGCUGCCAUAUACACCAGGGAGAAUCUCUCAAACAAUGUGCUAGCUGCUAUUCCUCCAAAUCUUACAAGUGAGGAGUGGACAGCCGCUUUGCCAAGGGCACUAGUUGCAGGUUUUGUUAAGACUGAUAAAGAUUUCCAAACAAAAGCUGCACGUUCAGGGACCACUGUGACUUUUGUCAUAAUAGACGGAUGGGUUGUCACUGUAGCAUCGGUUGGUGAUUCACGCUGUAUUCUAGAAUCCGCUGAAGGUUCAGUAUACUAUUUAUCUGCUGACCACCGCCUCGAUGCAAACGAGGAGGAGGUGGAACGUGUAACAGCAAGUGGUGGUGACGUCGGUAGAAUAAAUAUUGCUGGGGGUGCUGGGAUUGGUCCACUCAGAUGCUGGCCAGGCGGAUUGUGUUUAUCAAGGUCAAUUGGCGAUACUGAUGUUGGAGAAUAUAUAGUUCCUGUCCCACAUGUGAAGCAAGUAAAGCUGUCCAAUGCCGGAGGGCGGCUUGUCAUUGCUAGCGAUGGUGUGUGGGAUGCACUGCGCUUUCAGGAAGCUCUGAACUGCACCAGGGGGCUGCCAGCUGAAUCCGCUGCAAAUCGAAUUGUUAAAGAAGCUGUGAGCUCAAAGGGACUACGAGAUGAUACUACUUGCAUAGUCGUCGACAUAUUACCACCAGAAAAGCUAAGUCCGCCAUUAAAGAGGCAUGGGAAAGGAGGCAUCAUAUCUUUAUUCCGUCGGAGGCCCUCUGAUGAAUUGUCUGAAGAGCAGACAGACAAUGGGUGUUUUGAACCUGAUGUAGUUGAGGAACUAUACGAAGAGGGCUCCGCGAUGCUUUCUCAAAGGUUGAAUGUAAAUUAUCCGGCAGGAAAUAUGUUCAAGCUGCAUGAUUGUGCAGUCUGCCAGUUGGAGAUGAAACCUGGCGAGGGCGUCUCUGUUCAUGGCAACAUGCCGAAGCUUUCACGGGUUGAUCCCUGGGGCGGACCUUUUCUCUGUUCAUCCUGCCAGGUGAAAAAGGUGGCUAUGGAAGGGAAGCUGCAUUCGAGAAAUUCUCAAUCUGCAGUCCAACCUGUGUCCAAGUAGCCUUCCUCAACGGUUUUGUAUACUAAAGUUCAUAGAGGCUAAUACUACUAACAAACAGUGUUAGUAAAUAAAGCAGACUUGUCAAGAUCAUCUAUCAUCAUCCAUCAAUCACUGGUGAACAGACUAAGGAAUUUUCGCUACUAACUCAUUUCAAACUGGAAGAUAAAAUUUGGGCAUCGGUACAGAGGAUAAGAUUUUUGGCAUCAUUCUUCUGAAGCACCACAGUAUUUUGUUGAAGGUGCACUCUAUUUAUGUGAAGAAACCAGAACAGAUCCCUAGGUUCAAAUGAACCUGUGGCCUUAAGGUGUGUAUAUGCGCCCUUGACUUUGAUUAGCAAGUCUCCAAGAACUAAGGCUUGCUCCAUUUGUCAACACCAGUCAUGGAUCCCUUUUCAGCUCGAACCUAGACUUUUUCACAUUUCACUCUUGUGAUGAAUGACCAUUUCCCCAGUCUCUCAUGGGAUGCUUUUCCUCUUUUCAUUCUUCCAGUAUGACUAUUUUCGUUAUUGUUUCCUUUUGUCCUUCGCCAUGUAUAGCCACAAGGCCCAAAGGCCAAAACUAACGUAUUUUUUUUAUUCAUAUCACCAUUCUAAAGUUUUAUCAUAGUACUCACACAGUUAACAGAUAUUUAUUCCUUUUAACCCUUAUGUAA